AUGUCUAAACUUUCACUUCAGAACGCUAUACUAACUUUUGAACAACUAGAGACAACACCUUCACGUAAAGAUGGCAUUCCGGAAGAACUCGAGGAUGCACUACGACAGCUUGGCUGUGAACUCGUUCAGUCUGCUGGAAUACUCAUGAAACUACCACAAGUAGCAAUGGCAACUGCUCAAGUCCUUUUUCAACGGUUUUUUUACGUGGCUUCUCUUAAGAAAUUUACCGAAAUUGGCAUGGGCGCAUUAUUUCUCGCUUCAAAAGUUCAAGAAUCUUCAUGCAAAAUAAGGGAUUUGAUUAAUGUGUAUCAUUAUCUGAUAAUACGAUAUCAGAAUAUGCCGUAUAAAUCGUUAGAAUAUUUUGGCCAGACAUUCUAUGACAUGAAAGAUUCGAUCGUCAUUGCAGAAAUGCAAAUAUUGAAGCGGCUCGGAUUCAACGUGCAUGUGCAACUACCGUAUGGUCUAAUGGUGAAUUAUCUACGGGUGCUUGAACUCACCGAGCACAAAGAAAUUCCACAGAAAGCCUGGGGAUAUUUAAAUGAUGCCCUUCGGACAAAUAUCUAUGUAUGCUAUCAACCUCCAACUAUUGCCUGCGCUGUGAUUUGGCUUGCAGCUCGCAUAUACCAGGUCAAAUUACCUACUGAGUCACCGUGGUGGGCAUUGUUCGAGGCCAAAUUGGAAGAUAUCCUUUUGUUUCAUCUUUAUUAG